UUUCAGUCUCUGUCAUCUCUGCAGUUUCUGGAGAAGCUGGACCUGAGCUUCAACCGACUGCGCUGGCUUCCGCAGGACUUUACUCUGCAUCUGUCCUCCCUUCAGGAGCUCCGCCUGGACCACAACCUGAUGCAGCACGUCGACUCCUCCUCACUGAGAAACUGUGACAACCUGAAAAAACUAGACCUGAGCCACAAUCGUAUCCGAACUAUAGACAUCAAAGCUUUCAACAGCCUCUCUCGACUGCGACUGCUGAACUUGGAGAGAAACAGGUUGAAUGUGCUGCAAGACGGGCUGCUGAGCCGGCAGCAGAGUCUGGAGGUGCUCCUCCUCGGUCACAACAACAUCUCCUUGGUGGAAGCUGAGGCCCUGUCACCGCUGCGCAGUUUGACCCUGCUGGGCCUCCAGGGAAAUCAGCUGCAGCACAUCAAGUUCAAGACCUUCCUGAAGUUGCAGACCAUCAGCACCCACCUGCAGAUGUCCCUCAACCCCUGGACCUGCGACUGCGACCUGCAGCGAGUCUUCGGGAAGAUCCAGAACGUCCGACACCUGCAUGUGGAGGACUACAAGGCCAUCCUCUGCCAGGCUCCUCCUCAGCAGGCUGGGAGCACGCUUGCGUCGAUGGACAGCCAGCUGUGCAUGGCAGAGACGGCUUCGGUGCUGGUCAUCACCAUCACCGUGAUGCUGGCGGUGAUCGGUGCCCUGGUCAAAGCUGAACGGAACCGCAAGAACAAACAGGCUGCAAGUGAUGCAGAGUCUGCAGAUAAAUGACUGGAUGCUUUUUGAAGAGUCUU